GACGCAGAGAAGCAAGCGUCUGUGGACCCAGAGAUCAAGCGACCUCGAUUUAGCAAAUUGGAUUUGACAGCCUUAAUCAUUAGCAAAGGCCUGCGAACCAAAGCCGCCAUUUUGGCGUACAUGCAGGAGCAUGGGUCUUACGAAGCCCAAGUCUUGGUCCACAGCAACCAGAAGAAGUUGAAGAACUUUUUGGAUGAAGCUGCAGAAUGGCAUUCGCGCCCAAGCAGAUGCACAGCGAGAGCGGGAGACGGAUUGGAAAGCAAUGCUGUCAAUACGUUCUUCGCCGCAAAUCAAGCUACGAUUUCGAAGUUUGAUCUUGCAGUUGCGUUGCGAGCGAUCAUCUGCAAGGGACCUUCCAAGACUACGCGUGUGCCGCUGGUGGCAGGUCCAACCAACUCAGGAAAGACAACUCUCUUCCUUCCCUUUGAUGAGGUGUUUGGAUUUCAGCAUGUUUUCCACAAGCCAGCGUUGGGAAGUAAGUUUGCGUUGCGAAACAUUCUCAAGGACAAGCGCUUUCUCUUCUUCGAUGACUUUCGACCUGUGGAGUACGGGCAGGAGACCUUGCCUGUCUCCACAUUUCUCAGCUUGUUCCAAGGGCAGCCACUUGAAGUGCAAGUUUCUCAGGCCUUCCAUGAUGGAAAUAUGGAUUUCGAGUGGCGCCGAGGCUGCAUCAUGACGGCGAAAGCGGAAGGGCUUUGGAUUCCACGUGGUGCUGUUUCCCAAGAAGAUAUUCGGCACAUGCAAAGCCGAGUUCUUAUGUUCUCAGCUACAGCCACUGUUCCCAAUCUUCGCGACACAGUGCCCUGCGCAAGGUGCUUGUGCUUCUGGAUUCGGGAGCUUGCUGCGCAGCAUGACACGCGUCUAGUCCUGCAAGCGCCACCUUCGCCCAGCCACUAUGCUAUAGAGGUUCCUGAUAUGAGACGCUCAGAGUCUAUUACUGGACUGGCUGCCCUGGCGGAGCGUGCCAAGCUUCCAGCGCACAAGAUCGACCAAAUUCGUGCAGAGCUGGAAGCUUUGGGUGCCAUCCACAUCGCUGAGCUGACUGCAGCAGACUGGCAGUCUUUGAGUUGCUGGCCAACUCUUUUGCCGUUCGAGCAGCGCCGGCUUCUGGCCAGCCGCAGCUAA